CUCCCCUGGCACUCGCAGAAGUGCGGGGCAGCAGGUAGGCGCUUGGAGGGGAGGGGGCACCUGGAACUGGAGGGGGGGCUUUGUUUCUUUUCAGAGUUUUGCGCGAGGCCCUUGGACAGGGGAUGCACCCCAAAAUUGGGGGUGGGCGGGCUAGAGAGGAACGUAGAAGCCUCCUGGCUGAUAACGAUGCCCCCCCUCCAUCCUGCCGUCGGCUGCCCCCCUCCACCUCUCUUCUAAUUUUCCGGCCAGCUCGAUGCUUCUUCCACUCAUCCCGGGACACCUCCUUGGCAAGAGCCGCCCUUCCUGACCUUGCUCCCCGCGCCCCAACUUCUGGCUGCUCCCUGGUUUCUCGCGCGUGGGUGGCAGCUGCCUGGGUGCUCCGGCGCAAGGGUGCUCGCCUCUCAGAAGCAGAGAGACUGGUGGAGCAAGGAGCAAGGGGGGCACUGCCCCACGCAGGUGGCACCAGAGGACGCGGCGGAUUUAAAACCCAGCUUCCUGCGAGCCGCCGCGCCCGAGUUUGUGUCCCGCAGGUGGGCGCAAGGAGGGCAGCGGCGGCAGCCUUCGCGGGCCGGGCUGGCCAGCCGCCUGGGGUCUCCUAGCGCAGGGUGGCGGAGGAGGAGAGGCCGUGUCGGGUUACAGCCGAGCUGUGCACUCCCCUAAUGAGUGUAAAGACGAAGCCUCGGCGGCCGCCACCUGCGCACCCUCCGAAACCGGAUCGCUCGUCCCCAGGGAGCCGCUUCCCCAAGCCGCAGGCGGGCUGGCGAGGCCCCGGCGAAUGGAGCCCGUGUAACCAAAUGCGCCUGCGGGGGACCUGGCGGAGCAACAGCUUGUCCUUUGUCUCUGGCCCUGCAGGAGAAUUUCCCGUCCGACGCCCCCGUCGCCUUGCCUAUCCCUGGCCCUGCAGGAGAAAAGGACGGCAUCUGACUCGGGCCGGGGAGAAUGUCCCUCGUAAGGCCGAAGACGGGGCGGCAGCAGCAGCAGCUGGGCGCAGAGCCCUGGGGCGCUUCCUGCGGGGCUGGCGCCGUGGACGACAGCCUCACCAACCUGCAGUGGCUGCAGGGCUUCACCUUCCUCCCCGCCAGCCCGGAGAAGCCUUCCUCUGCCAGCCUCCUGCAGCAGGGCUCCUACGCGCCAGCCAGCCCGCCCGCGGGCGACACAGCGGCCAUGGGGGUGCCCACGGGGAUGGGCAAACCCGCCAGCUCCAGCUCCUCCCUGCAGCUCCUCGCCCCCGCCCCAGAGGCGGUCGACUACCGGACCAACGGGCAGGUGAAGCCGCCCUACUCCUACGCCACCCUCAUAAGCAUGGCUAUGCGGGCCAGCCCAGAAGCCAAGCUCACGCUCUCGGCCAUCUACGCCUGGAUCACCGAGAACUUCUGCUACUACCGCCACGCAGAGCCCAGCUGGCAGGUGAGGCGGUGCCUGAGCAGCAGGUGGUCUUGCAAGCAGAUGCCUUGCGAGCAGGUUCAAUCCCCAGGGGCAGAGUAGGGGAGGGACUCUGGCCUGAAACCCUGGAGAGCCAUUGCUGCUGGUAGACAAUACUGAGCUAAAUGGACCAAGGACACACACGAGGGAAGUUGUUCAGGGACGUUUUUAAUAUUUAACGCUGUACUGUUUUAACACUUGAUUGGGAGCCGCCCAGAGUGGCUGGGGAAACUCAGCCAGAUGGGCGGGGUAUAAAUAAUAAAUUAUUAUUAUUAUUAUUAUUAUUAUUAUUAUUAUUAUUAUUACAAGGCAGAAAGUUGUGUUCCUAUGACAAAAGGCAGGAAGGGCCAGUGGGAAGGGGGAGACUGAGCUGGCCUCCCAUCAAUAUUGUGGACUUGAAGAAAUGGGAAGCGAGUUUCUCCCCCAGCCCCAGAGGUGCCCUUCCCCAUCCUGCUGGACAGGAGGGGCUGCUGCAACCAGCGGCAGGUGGAGGUGUGGGGGGGAACAUUCCUCAGAUGGGCACUAAUAACUUCUGCCAGGGAGCUCUCUUGCAGGGCAAGAGACAAAGGGCACCUCAAAUGAUCCAGGGGGGCUUCCUCGGGAAGAAAGGUUGCAGCGUUUGGGACUUUUUAGUUUGGGAAAAAUGCAAGGAAGAGGCAGCUGUUGGGAACAUUAGGCGUGGCUUGGAGAAAGUGGAUGUAUAGAGAAAGGUUUUCCUCCCUCUCCCGCAAAUGCUAGAACUUGUGGACUUGCAACAAAACUGAAGACAGGGAGGUUCAGGACAAAGAGAAGAGAAAGCAAUUCUCCAUGGGGUACAAAGUUACUAUGGAACUCCCUGCCACAAGAAGCAGUGAUGGCCACCAACUUGGAUGGCUUUAAAAGAGGUUGGGCAAAUCCAUGGAGGGCAAUCAGUGGCUACAAGGCACAAGGCCAGUCACUGGCUCUGGUGGGCAGAAGGUCCUGCUUGCAAGUUUCUCACAAUAGGGAUCUGGCUAGCUCCUGUGAGAGCAGGAUGAGGGGCCAGUGGGAUCCCCCUGGCCUGAUCCCGUAGGGCUCUCUGCAUGCCCUUCUGCUCACCCCUCCCUCUCUUUCCCCCUUCUUCCCCUCCUGCCCAUGGGCCUUUUGUCUCCUCCGCAGAACUCCAUCCGCCACAACCUGUCCUUGAACAAGUGCUUUCAGAAGGUGGCGCGACAGAAAGACGAGCCUGGCAAGGGGGGCUUCUGGCGGAUCAACCCCCAGCACGCAGACAGGUUCGUCGACGGGAUAUUCCGGCGGAGGCGGGUGCCAACCUUUCCCUGCAUUUUGGCCACUCAGGCAACACCCCCCUUGCCUGCCUCCGGUGCACAGCUGGGCUGCUUCCGAGGGAGGGGACGAGGCCCCCUGCAAGAGGACCAGGCGCCCCGGCUUCCUGGGGGGCAGCGCCACCCCGGUAAGUGCAAGCAGCAGCCAGGCCAGGGCACCAGCAAGGCUGCUUGGACCGGUGCCCGCUCGCCUCUGGCCUCUGUGGGCAGAGAGGGGGUGGCUCUGCCGGGGGACCUCAGCUGGGCGCCUGUCUUGGAGGACACCUUCGUUGGCAGCGGGAGCAGCAUUGAGGACCUGGAGCUGACGGCAGCCCUCGGCUCCCUGGCCGCCGAGGAGGUGGUCCUGGCCUCCUCUGACCAGCCAGUCAGUCCUCUGAGCCAAGAGGGUCCCCCUCACCCUGUCCCAGCCCUGGUGGAAGACUUGACGCUGUAUGCCGAGCCCCUGGGCCAACCGUGGGGGGAGGAGGAAGCAGCCACGGAGCCGUCGCUGGGACCCCCCUGGGCCUUCGAGGAGGAGGGCGGCACCUGCUUUGUCGAGGGCUUCCUAGCCGAGAUGCAGCCGUGGGAAGCAUGAGCUCUGCAGGCCCCCAAGAGGCAAUGAGAAGACGCAGCAGAAGCGGCCUUGGUUUGCAGCUGACCUCUGCCCGGGGUGGGCAGCCCUGCCCCAGAGCAGAGAGGCUGGGGGUGUCCGCCAUAGCCGUAGCCUUGCUCGAUGCAAGUCAUGCUGUGGUGUGUAUGGCAGCAGGUCGCAGAGCGCCUGUAUUCCCAAAUGUCAAAAGGCACAACAGAGCUCCAUUAGCUCAGGAUGUACAGCUUUUUCUGAAACCGGUGAGCACACUCUCAGAGGUGCAAGGAUGGGCAAAGCGGGUCUGCCAAAGGGCUGGGGGCCAAGAAACCAGGGGAAAGGGGGCACUUCUCGUCCUCUCCCUAUUCAGAAGACUUCAAGGCCUCCCCCUCCUUCCCUUCCUGUGCACGCAAAACCAAUAUCCUUUUUCCAAAUCAACUUUGGCAUCACAAUGUUUGUAAGAAAAUAUAUGCAAAUAAUUUUGUCU